AUGCGUUGUCUCUCCUUUCUUUUCGCAGUGGGAGCUUUGGCAUCGCUGGGCGUCUGCGCUCAGACCGUCGUACGGACACCCGCGUUCAAUGUCACCAACCUGCCUGACCACUGGCAGCGUGGCCAGACGGGUACGAACGCCUGCGGCAGGUUUGGCGCCUCGAGUCCCAAAUCCUCGUGCCAGAACAUUUUCGUAAACUCGGUGGAUGACUUUUGUCUCUAUGCCCCCCCCAGCAAGAACAAGACGGUAGGCGACUCGGAGCAGAUCAUGGUCGCUUACUGCACAAAGGCCGGCUACGGCACACGUCUUAUCCCUGAUGACACUCUCACUGGCGUGCACUUUCUGCGCACCAACUCGUUUGUGCAAGUUACCGGGCGCGGAAACAUGACCAAGAUUAAUAUCCGCAAGGGCGACGAUGGCGGCGAGCUGGAUCCCCACGGCUAUAAUGGCCUUGGCAACCCGAUCGGCGGUCUUGUAUGGACCCGCAGCGCGGCGAACCAUUCAGGCGAGUGGACGCAGAUCAAGGAGUGGAACCAGUUUAUCAGCGAUACCGACUUUAGCCUCCGUGCAUGCUGGGGCCCGAAUGCAACACAGUACUGUCCCCACAUUUACGACGAGAUGGGCUCAUACUUUAACGAGCCAGGAGAUUAUCGUAAGCACUCAUUUGACGAAUGUGAUGGCGAUGCUGGGCAGUUCCCUGGCGUCUAUGGCACAUCUACCUUCUGGCAAGGCCAGUCUCACACGCCCGAUCCUCAUCCGCCUGGCGCUACAUCAAACUGCCACACGUUUUCCUCGGUGCAUAAUGGGAUCGCCCGCUCUCCUCUGUUUAGUGCGCAUGUUCAGUCGCGCCGCAUGUCUUUCCCCUCGCAUACCCUGUAA